UUCCAAUUUCAAAUCUUUCAACCAGCGUUGAAGAAGAGACAUGGAUCACUCUUUGAAUGUGCUCGAUGAAGCCCUAAGAUUCAACAAUGCAACUGUGGAUUUACAUACUGGGAGAGUCGUACUCAUUGAGGACUGCGUUGAGACCAGUGGAGCGUUCGUUCUUCACCAGUUGAUAAAACGUUCCCUAUCUCCCAACAGCUAUGGUGUAGUGCUCUUUGUCGCUUUUGCACAACCCUUUUCUCACUACGAGCGUAUCUUAAGAAAGCUUAGCUGCAACUUAGUCACUCACAGGGAUAAUGGUAGAUUCUUUUUCUUUGACAUGCCUAAGCUGCAUCAUCCAAAUGCAGAUGUAGGAAACAGUGAUCAAGAUCGAGUGGUUGAUUUGUAUGGGAAAAUCCAAAAAGCUUUGGAAGUUGUUAGUAUCUCGCCUGAAUACAAGAACAGCUGCAUUACCAUUAUGAUUGAUGAUAUAUCUCUUAUGGAGGUAGCUGCUAAUGGCACUUCAAAUAAUGUCGUAGACUUUCUGCAUUACUGUCACACCUUAACCUCAGAACUUGGUUGCUCACUAGUAAUACUUAAUCAUGAGGACAUCUAUUCAGACAUGAUGGGCCCUACACUUAUUUUACAGAUGGAAUAUCUUGCUGAUGUUGUGAUAAAGGCAGAGCCUUUGGUUACUGGUUUAGCGCCUGAUGUGCAUGGACAGUUGACUGUUAUUAACAAGAGAAUUAUUGAUGAGCAGGGGAGUUUGAGGAACAGAGUAUGUAAUUUCCACUUCAACAUCAAGGAAAAUAAUGUUGAGUACUUCUAUCCAGGGAGUCGAUCCUGAGAAGGCUUGAAGCCAUAGAUUCCUGCUCCUGCGUGAAAGAUGAUUUU